UGGUAUGAUACCUUAAAAAAGGCAAAAAUUUCGAAGUUUUAUCUAAAAAUUUUUAUUGCUGGAAAAGGUCCGUAUUUCACUUGGUAUUAACGCCACAGUUUAAUUUUUGAUGAAAAUGUUAUUUGUUGUCCAGUAUUUACUCAUUUUUGAGACCAGGUCUUUGGUUGCCAGGGGCAACAGGUUUGUUUUUAUCUUGUUUACAGUGAAGAAACAAUCCCCCAAUAGUUGUUUUCGCCCGGAAAACGAUCGUUGCGUGACAAGGGACUCUCUGUUACCCCGUACAUAACAACGAUUAGCCCAUCGUAGUUGAUGAGCCUGCGAAACACGAAAAAUUGUCGUUGCGAAAUUCACAACAAUACUAGUGGCGUGGCGUUUUGAGUUUUUUAUCCUGUUUCUCGUUCUUUUUUCACGUUAACAACCAUGCCUCCGAAGCAUCGUGCAAUAAGGCGUCCUAAAAGGAAGUUUUCGGGAAAUCAAUUCACGAAACCUUCGAAAGAAAAUGCCAAGAGGACGAAAGAAGCGAAAGAAGAAGCACAUGGUUCGAACACCCUCGGUCAACAUACUAAGAAGUCUGUGUCUUCGGAAAAGCUUUUGCUUAAGUCCGAUGCCAUGGAAUCAAAACCUGGCAAAGUUGAAGAACCUUACGAAGAGGAGGCAACAUUAACGGGCUUCAGGUUUGUCGACAUGGAGCUACUCGGCAUGGCAUUUUCUGCCAUGAGGUGUGCUGAUUGUGGAGAAUUCAGCAUCGUGCUUUCGGAAAACCACUUAGAAAGUAAGGGAUGUGCUUCGAGUCUUCGAGUCUUUUGCGAGAGUUGUGGCUGGAAACAUGAGUUUUGGACAUCUAAAAAGCAGACUUUAAGUUUUGAGGCGAAUAGGCGUUUAGUGUAUUCCAUGAGAUCGAUAGGAAGAGGGCACAGUGGAGCGAAGAAAUUUUGCUCAUUAAUGAAUAUGCCACCGCCUCCAACAGCAAGGGCAUAUCAAAAAAAUGCAAGAACGAUUGCUAAACAUGUGAAAGUUAUUGCUAAGGAUGGUAUGUCCAGUGCAGCAAAAGAAAUCAGGGAUGCCCAGCAUGCUCGUGAAGAUGAUUUAGUGAAUUGUGGCGUUUCAUGUGACGGUACCUGGCAGAAGAGAGGAUAUUCUUCACAGAAUGGUUGCGUGAUUGUCAUGUCAAUUGAUACUGGUAAAGUUUUGGAUGCAGAACCUCUCACUAAAGUUUGUAAAAAAUGUCAGCUUCACUCCCAUUUAGAUAAAGACAGUGAGGAGUACCAUAGAUGGAGGGCAGAACACAAUAACUGCAAAGCUAAUUAUAAGGGCUCUGCCCCAGCCAUGGAAUCAGAGGGUGCAGAUCGUAUUUUUAGACGGUCUGUUGCAACUCACAAGCUUCGUUAUACUGACUUGUAUUCAGAUGGUGACAGCAAAAGUUACAAUAGAGUCAAGGAUGUUUACUCUGCAGAUGGAAUACAAAUUGCUAAGAAAGAAUGUAUAGGACAUGUGCAAAAACGAGUUGGCACAGCACUCAGAAAACUAAAGAAAGAAACUCCUGCUCUCGGUGGGAAAGGAAAACUCACUGAUGCCAUGAUUGACAAACUUCAGAACUACUAUGGAAUUGCUAUUCGUUCUAAUGUUGGAGACUUGAAUGGAAUGAGAAAGGCAAUACAUGCAAGUUUCUUCCAUUGUGCCUCAAGUGAACGGCGUGAUCUUCACACCCACUGUCCAACUGGACCCUCGAGCUGGUGUGGUUUCAAGCGAGACAGAAACAGUUUUAAACAUUCUCCUGGUUUGCCUGAUGCUGUGAUUGCAAAAGUCAAACCUGUAUACCAAAGAUUAAGUGAAGAUUCUUUGUUAGAAAAAUGCCUCCAUGGAAAAACCCAAAACCAGAAUGAAGCUGUAAAUGGAAUGGUGUGGGAGCGCAUUCCCAAGGAAGUUUUCGUGGGAGCUGACUUGCUGGAAUUUGGCUUGUUUGAUGCCAUAAGCCACUUCAAUAUUGGAGCAAGGACUGUUCUACUGCUUCUAAAAGCACUCAAAAUUUCCCCAGGAAAAUACACAGAAGAGGGGUGUAGGCACCUUGACAUGGAUCGAAUUCGUGGUGCUGAGUACAAACACAGCGAGGAAAGGAAAAAGAGGAGAAAGGUCCUAAGGGGACAAAGAAAGAAGAAAGAAGACAAGAACCAACAAGCAGAGGGUGUUACUUAUGCUGCUGGAGCAUUUUAAGACACUUCCUUUGCUCAGAGAUUGAACAGAGGGUUUUCAAACCCAAAUACAACUUUUAAAUGCAUUUUUCCAUCAAACUGCAUUUUGAUAGAACUCCGAGUAGCUCAACAUGUUCAGUUCAAAAACUAUUUAAGAUAAUUUCAUGAAAUUUUCCACAGAAAAUCUUGAAUGGUGUUUCUGUGCAGUAAACCUAAAACAAAGUACAAAGGUAAAUUGAUGAUUCAAUGGCAGGCAAAUUUUUUUCCAGAAGGGGCCCAUUAUUUGUUUAUGUGAAAGUUUUUCAUUAUUUGACAUGGUUAUAAUCAUGUUGUAUAAAAUGCUUUAGGUUCAUUGCACAGAUCCAUCUAUGCAUAAGACAUCCUGAAAAUUUCAGAGCCAUGGGAUUUUUUGUUAUAGAGUUAUUGUUGUUGGCGUGAUGCCUGUAAAAUGAGGGUUUGGUGGGCGUGGUCCUGUUGCUAUAGUAACAGAUGGUGUCAACAACAGUGCCAAACAAUUUCUCUCAGUGAGUGUUAUCACUGGAGGGACUAAUAAAAAUGUUUCAAAUAAUGUAAAAAAUUUCCCUUUUUGAAGGUAUCAUACCACCUU